AUGGUGCCCACCUUCCAGGGUCACUGUGAAGGCCCUCCAAGCUAUGGGAGCCAGCAGCUAGAAGACUUGGAGGCCCCCAAAGAACAGAGAAAGGCCGGGGAGGUUCAGGGCCUUGCUGGGGCAAAUAGGAGGAAGCGGCAGCUCGAGGCCUCAACCCUGCUGGCCACAGCCUGCUUCCCGGAGACUGUCUCCCUCACACCGUCAGACUCCCAAACCGGAGCUGUGCUGCAGGCAUUCAGCUACACCCCCACUGUGUUUGAGCGGGUCACCGUUAAUCUGCAAAUGAAGGGCAAACCCCUGAACCUCCAAAUCUGGGACACAGCAGGACAAGUUGACUAUGACCGCCUGCGGCCCCUGUUCUACCCUGAUGCCAGUGUCCUGCUCCUCUGCUUUGAUGUAACCAGCCCACACAGCUUUGACAACAUCUUUAACCGGUGGUACCCAGAGGUGAACCACUUCUGCAAGGAGGUGCCCCUCAUUGUCGUGGGCUGCAAAACGGACCUGCGCAAGGACAAGUCGCUGGUGAAGAAGUUGCGGAAAAAUAGACUGGAGCCUGUUACCUACCACAGGGGCCAGGAGAUGGCGAGGUCCGUGGGCGCAGUGGCCUACCUUGAGUGCUCGGCCUUGCUCCAGGAAAACGUCCACGCGGUCUUCCAGGAAGCAGCCGAGGUGGCCCUGAGCAGCCGCAGUCGCAACUUCUGGAGGAGGGUUACCCGGAGCUUUUGUGUGCUGACCUGACAUCUUGAGGCCUUCCCUGCCCCCACCACCC